AUGAAGAACCCCCCCCGGAAAAGCGAGGAUCAUCUGACCCUCGCUCACAUCCGGGAUAAGGUGGAGGUGGAGGUGCUGGAGGAUGUGUGCGAGGAGGAGCUGGAGGAGCUCAUCUCCAACCCUUUCUACCCCGACCGUGCUGCCGUCCCGAGCAAGGACAGCGAUGCAGAGCUAGUGGAGGAGGAGGAGGAGGAGGAGGAGGAGGAGGAGGAGGAGGAGGAGGAGGAGGAGGAGGAGGAGGAGGAGGAGGAGGAGGAGGAGGAGGAGGAGGAGGAGGAGGAGGAGGAGGAGGAGGAGUACGAGGAGGACGGCAAGGAGGAUGACGAGGAUGAGGAGGAGGGUGAGGAGGAUGGAGGUGUGGUCGCGGAGGAGGAGGGGGCUGGAGGGUGGUGGGAGGAUGAUGGAGAAGAGUGGUGGGCAGAAGGGCGAUAUGACGGGGAGGAGGUGGAAACCUGGGUUGCUGGUCAGGAUGAGGAUUAG